GAGAUAGAGAGAGGGGAAAAUCUUCACUCCACUCACUCAGCUCUCGGGCGACUGGAAUGCAGCUACUGUCUCUCUGCUCUCCAUCAACACACACACACACUCACACACUCCGUCUCUCUCGUUCUCUCUUGGGAUCAGUGGUGUAUCCUUUAGACCCUGGACGUGUCCGGAUAAGUUUCGGCCUAAAGGAGAGAGAGAAGUUGUAAAGAUGAGAGAUAACCAGACAAGAAGAAUAUCUCAGGAGUGACAGCAACAAGACACACCACCACACACAGCCAAACCAACCCCAUCCAUCUGAGACAGAACUGUGUGUGUGUGUGUGUGUGUGAUGGAGCACAGGGAGCAGGACUGACUGACUAAAAGCAGCAGAGAGUAAGUGUGUGAUGUGAGUUUGUAUACUCGUUUGUGUGCUUCAGCUUUGGGAAGAAAAUGACGUGCAGGAUCUCGACGCUGCUGCUCUCCAGCCUUCUGAUUCUCUACCUGGUUCCUAUGUGGACACACAGCAGCUCAUUGGCAUCCAGUGCCACUCAGAUCAACUCAUCUCAUGCUGAGGAACUUAAACCUUCACUUCCUGCUGAAGUUCUGCCCGGUUCCUCAUCUCGAACACAUGCCCAUAAACAGCGUGCAGCAGAAGAGGCUGGAAGCAGUGGCCUGAAUGAAAAGGUGAUCAGCGCUGAUUCAGCUGAAAGUGAGCACCACCACACCAACACAGCUGUAGGUGGCAUGGGGGCAGGUCUUCCCACCCUGUCUCAUGGCAAAGCCCAGCUGGACUUUAAAGAGGAAAACCUAGAAGACGCCACCUCUUGGUGGCAAGGUGAAGCUCUGCAGCCUGAUGGACGUGUCCCCGACCCCAACAGCCGUUCUCCUCAGUUGUUCCUCAGCGAGUCGGAUGAUUCCAACCCCGUCAUUAAAGUGGGUUUUUAUCAACCGGAUCAACAGUACCAGCUAGAAAUCCCACCUCAGGAGGUUCAGGGUGGAGAUCUCACCUCCUGGACGUCUGAUUUUUAUGAUUACCUGGCGCCUGACUACUCCACCACAGAGAGCUAUGCGGUUGAAGACCAGUCCACACCUGCAGAAACGGAGGAUGAAAAUAUCCAGCUGAUUAAGAAGGCUGCUCCCGUUAACUCUCAAUCCUACGAUGGUGUGUCUGGUGGGGAUGAUCUGGUAGGACCUCCGAGGGCAGUGGAUAGCAGCGGAUGUGUUCUGGGAUUUGUUUGGAGGAACGGCACCUGCCAGUCACCUUGCGACUUCUACAGCAGUUACUGCUUUAAUGGGGGCCAGUGUUAUGUGGUGGAAGGGAUUGGUGCAUUCUGCAGGUGUAACAUACAGGAGUACAUGUGGAACAAAGGGACCAGGUGUGAGUCCGUCAUCACCGACUUUCAGGUCAUGUGCAUUGUGGUGAGCUGUGUUUCAGUCGUGCUGCUCAUCCUCUUCAUGCUCAUCGUGGUCUUCUCCAAGCGCCUCCAUCAGCUGAAAAUCGAAAAUAGACAACUGCGAAAACGCAGUAAGUCCAGGCCUCAGUCGGAGCAGAACAAUGACAACUUCUCGCUCUCCACCGUGGCUGAAGGUUCACAGACAAAUGUAAGGGAUGAGUGUGGUUCUCCAUCUAACCCUCCCCAUGCUUUGGCUUACUAUGAUAACAUGAUCUGUCAGAACGACACAGCCAAGCCAGAAGAGCCGGUCAAAAGCCCUGCUAAGGAGGAUGAGUCUCUGAAUAUCCAGAACACACUGCCACCAAAACAGGAGAACAACGACACCACCACCACCACCAUCACUGGCACUGACGAUCCUGAAGAGAGCGGCGUGACCAUUGAUCUGGAGCUCCUCCUCCCUAACGAAGCGAAGGCACACCCUGAGACGAGUCCCCCACUUCACUAUAACGUCUUCCUCUAUAAGCUCCCCAAAUCGCCCAAAAUAUCCCCGGGACGCUCCAGGCAGGGGAAGGUUCUCCCACAGAUCCGGCCCAGACGAGGCUCUGAGCCUGGCUAUAGCCCCAUGUCCUCCAGGACACCCAACCCUCGCCUGGGGAAAGCCUGCACACCUUGAUAACGCCUUGAAAAAUCUAAGCUGUAUGGUCAUGGUGACGUCUGCGUAUGACGACACGUUCUUGAUCUGGCCACAUGUACAUGUAAUCAAUGUACAACAAAUAAGCUGGAUUUCACCCCACAGAUCUCACAUGAGGUACCGUAAUAUUCCCAUAUAUAUAUAUAUAUUGCAAAUUUCCCUUCACUAUAAAGACCAUGAGUGCACAUCGACUUCCUGUAAUCAUCUCCCAAUCACGCCGAUACAAAACGCAGACGCCACGUCAUAAAAAAAAGAUUACUAAUGCAUUAACGAGGUGCUUUUUUUCUUUUCUUCUUCACGUUUCUAAUCUGAUUAAUAUUUUUUUGUUUCGAAUAAACACUGAAUCGUGUGAAAACUUG